CCUAGCUCGAGUGACCGAUCGGCCAUGGCUUCUUCCUGUUCCGUCGUCGUGACGGCCAUCGUCGUGGUGGUGCUGGGCAUGGCCGCGGCGGCGUCGGCUCAGCUGUCGGCGACGUUCUACGACUCGUCGUGCCCGAGGGCGCUGUCGAUAAUCAGGAGCGCCGUGAACGCGGCGGUGGCCAGGGAGACCCGGAUGGGCGCCUCCCUGCUCCGGCUCCAUUUCCACGACUGCUUUGUCCAAGGAUGCGACGCGUCGGUGCUGCUGGCGGACGCGCCCAACUUCAGCGGGGAGCAGGGCGCGUUCCCCAACGCCAACUCGCUGAGGGGCCUCGACGUCGUCGACACCAUCAAGUCGCAGCUCGAGGCCUCCUGCAGGCAGACCGUCUCCUGCGCCGACAUCCUCGCCGUCGCCGCCCGCGACUCCGUCGUCGCCCUAGGAGGGCCGUCGUACCCGGUGCUGCUGGGGAGGAGGGACGGCACGACGGCGGUCCAAAUGCAGGCGAACAUCGACCUCCCUGCUCCGACCACCAACCUGGGUAACCUCGUCACCACCUUCGCCAGGAGAGGAUUCAACUCCAGCGAAAUGGUUGUACUCUCAGGAGGGCACACGAUCGGUGCGGCGCAGUGCACCAACUUCCGGUCGCGGAUCUACGGCGAGACCAACAUCGACUCGGCGUUCGCGGCGGCGCUCCGGGGCAGCUGCCCGCAGGCCGGCGGCAACGCCAACCUGGGCGCGCUCGACUCCACGCCCAACGCCUUCGACAACGCCUUCUUCAGGGACCUGAUGCUCGGCAGGGGCCUCCUCCACUCCGACCAGCAGCUCUACGCCGGCGACGGCACCGGCACCGACGCCUUCGUCCGCAACUACGCCUCCAACUCCGCGCAGUUCUUCUCCGACUUCGCCGCCGCCAUGGCCAAGGUGGGCGGCCUCGGCGUGCUCACCGGCUCGCAGGGGCAGGUCCGCCUCAACUGCUCCAGGGUGAACUGACGAUGAGAUCGACAGCAUUGG